AUGAGGGCUGCAAUUGCCUUGGGUAGACUGGCAGCUUUGAGCGCCGUCUCUGCAACAGCAAGCGCCAAUCGUAAUGACAAUGGUACCGACCAUGCGGCAAAGCAGCUCCUGCAAGAGUCCAUGAAUUGGAUGGACAUGUACUACGACACCGAGGCUGGAUACCUAUACAACCUUGACUCAAAAGCGCUCCUCCACGACACACGCUCAUCCGCUUGGUACUCUGCCGGCUUGCUGGCUCGAAAUGAAGGGGACGAUGUAGAACAGGCAUCGAAGAUCGUCGAGAACAUAAUUGCAGGACAGCACAGAAAUGUGAGCUCACAGUGGUACGGUGACUACCAAAUCUACCCCGAGGAACCCACCGUAGGAACACCUCAGUAUCCACCCGUCAUAUACAAUUCGUGGGACCCCAAUUGGCGCGGCUUCGUAGGCACGACAUUCAUUCUGAUGCUUGAAGAAUUCCCAGAUUUAAUUCCACACGACACGCAACUCCGCAUACUAGAAAGCCUGCACAAUGCGACUGUUGGCGACAGCUACCGCGUAGGCGGCGUAGACUCAGACAACCUCUACCCUUCGUAUAGUAAUCCAGCCAUCAUGCGGGCCUUCAUGUCCGGAUGGGUUGGCCGAAGACUCAAUGACUCCAACAUGACCACCGCUGGUGAAGCUUAUGCCAAAGACAUCGUCACCUUGUUCGACCGUGCAGAUACGCUAUCGGAGUUCAAUUCUGGAACAUACGCGGGUGUUUCGCUAUACGCGCUUACCCUUUGGGCAAAGUACUUACCCCAAUCGUCCCUGAUGGGCCAACAUGGCUCCAUUAUGAUAGAGAAAACCUGGGAGAAACUGGGCCAGCUGUACAAUGCAAAUCUCAAGAACGUCGCGGGACCGUGGGACCGCAGCUAUGGAUACGACAUGAACCGCUACUUGAGCAUUCUGGCCCUUCAAAUCUGGACGUUGGUGGGCAAAGUCGAAGCACCGAUCAACGCGAAGCCGUAUACCAUGGGUCACAAGAAUGACUUCGCCAUCGGCCCGCUUGUAGCUAUCCUCGCACCUUUUCACAAUACGCUGGUUCCCAACAACACGCUCUCAGCUUUGCACACUUUCCCGGGCACGCACACUGUUUCCACUUCGGCGUUCUCGCCACCGUGGGAUACGUACCCGCGCAAUAUUACCGCGUGGAUCUCGCAAAAUCUCACCAUCGGUGCAGAGUCCUUCUCCGAAAAGGUGAUCGGUGGUCCGGCGAAAAAUCCGUCCAGCUUCAACCCGGCGGUCGUUCAAUGGAGCAGGAAGGAUGGAAGCGUCGGGUGGCUGACUCUGUAUGCUCAGGUGGAAGAGCUGCAGGCUGUGGCGGGCGAUAGCACGCUAGAACUAGAGUAUCCGAAGGGGAACAAGAGCAGCACCUUUACCUUCCUAGUGGGUACAAAUUCUAAGACCGGGAAGAGGGAUGUUGCGAGCUGGAGCGAUGUUGAGGGUGUCCAAAUUGGUGUCAACGGGACUGUGGAUCCCAUGUACAGCGUCGCGUUCGCUGGGUACGUCGGUGGUGCAGGAGAGACGAUCAACGACUUUGAGUUUUGGAACUUCACGUACGGCAUGCCGGUAGGCAGUGGUGAGACGCCACGGGUCAAACUUAGCUUCAACCUCCAGUAG